AUGACGAGCUAUGCGGAAGGAAGGAUCGGUGCGGAGGAGUACACGACUCAGGAUGCGAAGCAGGCCUACGCGGUGCUUGGAACCGGCGAACCGGAUUACACUCUGCAGAUUGGCGGCACGCAGGGCUAUGCCGAGAGUGAGAUGGACAAGAGGACCUACCUCGAGCAAAAGAUGAACGGCGAGUACGCGACGGGAGUGGAGGUCGUGGGCCAGGAAGACUACGCGAUCCAGACCAUGAACGGCGAGUACGCACUCGGGACCGUGGGAAGAGGCGACACCAUCUCGCUGAAUGCCGAAGGGGGCUACGUCGUGCUGAGGAAGGACGAGGAGGGUUACCUCAAACAAGAUUCGAAUGGCCCUUACGCGGAAGCGAAGAUGGGAGAUCCCGAUUACACGCUGGCCUCAGCCGAAGAAGGGUAUGCCACGACCUCUACAGGCAGCAUCUACUCGCAGAACUCCAAUCAGGGUCCGGCGUACUCCACUUCGGGCUUCACCGUGGGCGACUACGUCCAUGCAUCCUCGUAA